AUGGAGGCGUUGACCUCGGAGCUGGACGUGCAACUUAAACUUCUCAUGUUUACUCAAGGGAAAACUAAGGGAAUCGUGGAGAAAGCAAACACCGAAGGAAUCGAACGACACCGUGAUGCUCUUCGAGCGAUUGUGAAGAGGAUCGAAAGCGUAAAAACGCAGAUCGAGCAAGCGAAAUUGGAAAGUGGCGUUCAAGUUGACGAGCUACUUAAAUGGAGCGCUGGAGUUGAGGCACAACAAGCAACGGUUGACGAGGAAAUCACGUAUUUAUCGCAAGCACUCGUUGAAAUCAAGUAUAAAGCAAGUUUGGAAGCGAAGAAAUGCGAAGAAGAGCUGAUCGAGGGAGAUCGAGACAAACAACUACAGUUUGAGCGCGCACAUCUAGAACAGAAGCUAGAAUAGAAGAAGCGAGGAAAAGUAACAUGGGUCAAGUUGCGGCGUCGCCCGCUCUAGUGAAAAGCGCUAAAUUGCCAAAGCUGGUCAUCACUAAGAUUAGGGGAGAGUUAGCGGAGUGGCCAAGUUUUUGGAAACAGUUCGAAGCUGAAAUCGAUCGUUCAGAAGUGGCAGCCGUAACAAAGUUCUCGUACCUCAAGGAGCUUGUGGAUCCCAAGGUUAAAACCGCCAUCGUUGGCUUGCCCUCCACGACAGAAGGAUACCAGCGGGCUAAAGACAUCCUAACGGCUAAAUAUGGUCAGAUGAGCGAGAUUUUAAACGCGUACGUGCAGAAUUUGAUGGCGCUUCCAAUGAUUACUGGCUCACAUUCAAGAAAGAUCCAUGAGUUCUUCGAAAAGUUAUUUUUUAACGUGCAGUCUUUGGAGACACUCGGUAAAUUGACAGAAAUCAAUGGAUACGUGAAAAUGUCUGUUGACAAGCUGCAAGGGAUCAGGGGCGAUCUGGUAAGGACAGACGACAACUGGAGGGAGUGGGGCUUUCCAAAAUUCGUGGAAGCCCUAAGAAAGUGGUCAGAGAGAAAUCCUAUCCCUGGCGAACGUGAACCGCCCGAGAAGCCGCCUGACCGGAAAAAAGCCACCUUUCCCGCGAGACAAAUCAUUUCAAGUCCAGCAGAAGGACGAACGAGUGCGAGGGUGUGUUUAUUGUGAGAAACCUGACCACAAAUCAGUUGACUGCAAAACAGUCGCAUCAGUCCAUGAGCGCAAGCGAGUGCUAAGCAACAAACACCUCUGCUUCAAUUGCACUGGGACCAGACAUAAGGCUGUAGAUUGCAGAUGUCAUGUAUUAUCUCAAGUCUGUCAGAAAAAGCACCACACCUCCAUCUGUGAUAGGCUUGGUGAGCAACUGAUGACCGCCAACUCAGCAGGAAAAACAGCGGUGAUACAUCGAGUGGUGGUUGUGAAGGUCCAAGGUGUGAAGUGUCGUGCGCUGUUGAACAAGGGGGUGGGCAGUUCCUACGCUUCAGCAGCACUCCUCAAACUCACGAAAGUUCGCCCUUAUAAAUAAAUAAAAUAAAAUAAAAUAAAUAACGAUUUGCAGGUAGCACAUCCACAUAGUGGUUCUUCGUCUACCUGAUUCCUGGUCGAAUUGGAAUUUGGAAAUGUUGGUUUUUGAGGAGAGGGGAAAACCGGAGCACCCGGAGAAAAACCUCUCGGAGCAAGGGAAAGAACUAACAACAAACUCAACCCACAUAUGGCGUCAACGGCGCGAUUUGAACGCGGCCCACAUUGGUGGGAGGCGAGUGCUCUUACCACUGCGCCAUCCUUGCUCCCCAACGCAAGGUACGCCACAUCGAGAUGAUGUUAGGAGCAGUUACCAAGCAAGUCGAAAUAUUUCAAGUGCAAGUCAGUUCAACCUCUGGGGACUUUUGUUUAGACACAGAAGUAACUAAAGUGGAUAAGAAUCAACUAAUCUCUUUGGAAAACCCUCGCUACGAGCAGCGCUUGGCC